CAUCUGGACAGCUGUGCUGAAAAACUGUGCAGCCCUUUCCCGGCCCCGACGUCAGCGAGGCACGUUCCCCACGUCGUCUCCUGCUAGUCACUUAUUAUUUAUUUUUCCCAAGAAGCAACUAGCAACCUAAGCUUGAAACUUUUCUCCCCCUAAUGCGAAACGAGGCCACAUCCCAUUCAACACAGUUUAGUUUUCAUGGGGCUCUGGGAUCAAAAGAACAGAAACAGCAACAAAAGCCCAGCCGCUGUCUGAUCUUAAGUGGAAAAGUGGAAAAAAUAAAGUGUUGAGUACACAGACCAAGCUGGGUCAUGGGGAAUUUCAAAGGUCAUGCCCUCCCUGGAACCUUCUUCUUUAUCAUGGGUCUUUGGUGGAGUACAAAGUGUAUUCUAAAGUACGUCUGUAGAAAGCAAAAUCGGACCUGCUACCUUAGUUCCAAAGCCUUAUUACGUCGAGCAGAAAUUUGGGAAGGAAUUGUUAUAAUCUUCAUGGCUUUAACUGGUAUGGCUGGGGAGCAGUUUAUUGCUGGAGGACCCUACCUGGCCUUAUACAAAGAAGGACAAUGGAACCAACUCCUGGGCUGGCAUCACACGACCAUGUAUUUUUUCUUUGGCCUGCAGGGUGUUUCCCAUAUCUUAAGUUUCACCAUUAGCUCACUUCCUGUCUCCUUAUCCAAAUUAAUGUUAUCAAAUGCCAUCUUUGUGGAGUCUUUUAUCUUCUACAACCAUACUCAUGGUCGUCAAAUGCUGGACAUUUUUGUGCACCAGCUGCUGGUCUUCACCACUGUUUUGACUGGUCUGGUUGCCUUCAUGGAGUUCCUUACAAAGAACAACGUACUUCUGGAGCUCCUGCGGUCAAGCCUCAUCAUGCUACAGGGGACCUGGUUCUGGCAGAUUGGUUUUGUCCUGUAUCCCCCCAGUGGAAGUCCUGCCUGGAAUCUGGAGGAUCAGGACAAUAAACUCUUUCUAACCAUAUGCUUUUGUUGGCAUUAUGCAUCAACUUUUAUCAUCACUGGAAUGAAUUAUGCUUUUAUAACCUGGUUAGUUAAAUCCAGACUUAAGAGGGUCUGUGCCUCAGAAGUUGGACUCCUGAAAAAUGCAGAUCGAGAGCAAGAAUCAGAAGAGGAAGUGUGAUUUUAAUGAACAUCCACUCCCUCUAGAUAGACCUUUCCUUUUUGCAUUGCCUUUGUUCAUGAUUUUGUUUCUUGACCUUUUUGUCUGGAGAACAAUUGGCUGAGGCUGAACUUCACUGUUUGUGUUUCCAGUUUUGUCAAAGUGGUGGGAUUUAAAUGUCUAAGCUUUAGCUUUGAAAAUACCUUGAAAAUCACUUUGUACACCAUGCAUGUCAUGGUAUUCAGGAGCAAUAGUAACUCUUCCAAAGGCAUGUGUAGUUCAGUGCCCAUAGUAUGAAAAUUAUUGGGUUUAUUUGCCUUACAGAUAUACUCAAGAUUCAUGGGCUUGCUAUCACUUAUAAUUCAUUAAAUGUUGGAUUGUACUUGUAUAUCUUUGCUACCACAGUGAAAAAUAAAUGAAUGCAUGCACGUUGGUGCAAAAACCUCAA